UAAUGGGAUUGCUGAGUAAAAUGAUAGUUCUAUUUUGAGUUGAGAAAUUUCCAAACUGCUUUCCAUAGUGACUGAAGUAAUUCACAUUAGAGUUUUUUCAAUGUUUAGUUAUUUUUAAUAACCAAUUCUGAUCCCAGGGAAAGAAAAUGGAAAUGGAGAUGUACUUUACCUGAACUAUGGUCUUUUGAAACUCUUCAAUGGCAUUUGGGAAAGCAAAUUUACAACCACAUGCUGUGCCACUUCAAGGACUUAUUUUUGUGGUCUCCCAGAAGAAAAUGACACUAGGGGAGAAGUGAUUGAAUGUGAAGUGUCAGGAGAUUGCUGCUUGUCCUUAAAACCCCAGGUUCGGCCGUGGGCUGCGGACGCGGGUGUGCGUUGGGGAGACCUGCGACUGCCAGGGCCGCACCCCCUCCCGCAGGACCUUGGCUGGCCUCGCGCGUUUCCUGCCUGUUUCCUGUCCAGCAGCUGGCGAGCUGGGGGCGGGCAGGAAAGGAUGCGCUGCCCAGAAGGGGCGGGAGCCGACCACACCCGGUCCCGAGUGCCCCCCGCCCUCCCGGUGCCCGCCCUCCCCACGCCGUCGGAGGCGGGCCCGGGCGGGGCAGUGGGAGCCGAGCGCCGCGGGGUCCGGGCGCGCAUUCCGAGACGCGAGAUGCUGGGCGCGCUGCCUCGCGGCCACUGAGGCCUCCCGUCUGCCUCGCCACUCGCCCGGCCAGCCUGGGGUCGCUGCCUGCCAGUCCUGAAAGGUAGACUGGGAAGAUUGCUGUGUGAAUCACCUAUCUCCUGAUGCAUACCAGCAGCAACAAGUAUUGCAGAACUGAUGAAGAUGAUUGUUAUUUAUCUGUUUUUCCCUUAGACUGCCCUAAGCAAGGGAAGUCAGGGCCACAUGGAGUUCACAUUUAAUUGUAGUAUUCUGGGGUAUCUUUUUUUAAAAAAAGCUUUGAUCACUUGGAUGUAGUUCCCAGAAGUCAAUAAAUGAAGCAAUCCUGGUAACACAUCAGUUUUGCAAGGAAGUGUUAGCGCAUUUGCGGACACCAGGCAGGGAGCACGUGGGUGUACAUAGCACAAUGCUAAGUGAAAGUUUGGCAAAAAAUUUAGCAAAUUUAUCAAUGUGAAAUGCCAAGGAGAUAAAUACUGUGAAAACUUAGUAUCAAAUUUGGCUAUUAACUUUGAUAAAAUUAAGCAAAUAACAAUAAACUCUCCACUUAAGGAGAGUUUAUUGCGCCAUAAAGAGAAGAGACUUUGGUGUUUUGCAAAGAUAAUCUUAUCGGGUGUUGGGCAUACCUGCAUAUUCUUGAUCAGUGAGUUAUAAUGGAAUGAAAGGGGCUUGUAUAAUUGUAAGUCAUUGCCCCAGGGCAAAUUAGUGUCCUCUCUAGCUUCCUUUUAAUAUCACAUAGGCAGUUUGAGUUUUAGAAUGGUUUUGUUAUUUCAUGACUACUAUUUUGUCAAUCACAUUGAAUGAAGCCAUCAGUUUUUGAGGUUCUAAUUUCAGGUGUUUUGGGGGAAAAAAAUCACAAUUUGGACGUGAGAAAGGACAUGAGGAGACUAAAGACCUGGGAUUUUGCUGAUCAGAAUGAAACCAAUGUUGAAAGACUUUUCAAAUCUAUUGUUGAUGGUGCUCUGUGACUAUGUUCUUGGAGAAGCUGAAUAUCUUCUCUUGAGAGAGUCAGGCCAUGUAGCACUAAGCAAUGACACCGUGUAUGUGGAUUUCCAGUAUUUUGAUGGUGCUAAUGGGACGCUGAGGAAUGUAUCUGUCCUGCUGUUGGAGGCCAACACCAAUCAGACCAUAACUACUAAGUACUUCCUGACCAAUCAGUCCCAGGGAACACUCAAGUUUGAAUGCUUUUACUUCAAGGAGGCUGGUGACUACCAGUUCACAAUGAGUCCAGAAGCAACAGACAACAGCACUCCAUUCCCUUGGUGGGAGAAAAGUGCCUUUCUGAAGGUGGAAUGGCCUGUGUUUCAUAUUGACUUGAACAGGAGCUCCAAGGCAGCAGAAGGCACCUUCCAAGUGGGCCUAUUUACCAGUCAACCACUGUGCCCAUUUCUUGUGGACAAGCCUGACAUCAUAGUGGAUGUCAUCUUCACCAACAGUCUUCCUGAAUCAAGGAGAAAUUCAGGACAGCUGCUGGAAAUAAGAACCAGCAAAAGGACAGAACUUGCUCAAGGUCAGUGGGUUGAGUUUGGCUGUGCACCUGUGGGGACGGAAGCGUAUGUUACCGUGGUGCUGAAGCUGCUUGGGCGAGACUCAGUCAUUACCUCCACAGGACCCAUUGACCUGGCCCGGAAAUUUGGAUACAAACUGAUGAUGGCACCAGAACUCACAUGCGAGUCGGGGGUGGAGGUGAUGGUGCUGCCUCCACCAUGCACCUUCGUGCAAGGAGUGGUCACUGUCUUCAAGGAGGCCCCCAGAUCCCCUGGGAAGAGGACCAUUCAUUUGGCUGAAAACAGCCUGCCCCUGGGAGAGAGACGGACCGUUUUUAACUGCACUUUGUUUGACAUGGGGAGGAAUAAGUACUGCUUUGACUUUGGCAUUUCAAGCAGAAGCCACUUUUCUACAAAGGAGAAGGAGUGCAUGCUAAUUCAGAGAAAUAUAGAAACUUGGGGACUGUGGCAGCCGUGGAGCCAGUGUAGCACCACAUGUGGGGAUGGUGUCAGAGAGCGUCGCCGAGAGUGUCUCACUUCUUUCCCCUCCAGACCUCGCUGCCCUGGAAUGUCCUUGGAGACCUCCCUGUGUUCCCUGGAGGAGUGUGCUGAGGGACAUUUCUUCUUGCUCUCUUCUGGGGACUGGCCUUUCCUGCAUCUUCUAAGCAUCUUCAAGGCACAUGCUAGUAGCUGGUCAGUGAGUAUGUGGUGUAAAUGGUCUAUAGCUUUCCAGCCAUCCAGCCCAUCUCCUCUUCAGCCCCAGGGUCCAGCAAAGUCCAACAACAUCGUGACUGUCACUGGCAUAUCCCUGUGCCUGUUCAUCAUCAUUGCCACCGUGCUCAUCACGCUGUGGAGGAGAUUCGGCCGCCCCCCUAAGUGCAGCACCCCUGCUCGACACAACUCCCUCCACUCCCCCAGCUUCCGGAAGAACUCGGACGAGGAAAACAUAUGCGAGCUGAGCGAGCAGCACGGGAGCUUCUCGGAUGGAGGAGACGGGCCCCCGGGGAGUCCGGGGGACACAGGCAUCCCUCUGACCUACAGGCGGAGCGGGCCGGUGCCUCCCGAGGACGAUGCCUCUGGCAGCGAGAGCUUCCAGUCCAACGCCCAGAAGAUAAUCCCCCCUCUGUUCAGCUACCGCCUCGCCCAGCAGCAGCUAAAAGAGAUGAAAAAGAAAGGUCUGACGGAAACCACUAAAGUGUACCACGUGUCUCAGAGUCCCCUGACAGACACUGCCAUUGACGCGGCCGCCAGCCCCCCCUUAGACUUGGAAUGCCCAGAAGAAGCUGCAGCAAACAAGUUCCGGAUCAAAUCCCCAUUUCUGGAGCAGCCUGCGGUCAGCGCUGGGGAAAGGCCUCCCUCCAGGCCGGAUCUAAGUGUGACGCAGGCCAGCUGUGCCAUAAGCCCCAGCCAGACUCUGAUCCGCAAGUCACAGGCGAGGCACGUGGGCAGCAGAGGGGGCCAUUCCGAGAGGAGCCAUGCCAGGAACGCGCAUUUCAGGAGGACAGCGAGUUUCCAUGAAGCCAGGCAGGCCCGGCCGUUCCGAGAGAGGAGCAUGUCCACUCUGACUCCGCGGCAGGCGCCCGCCUACAGCUCUAGGACGCGGACCUGGGAGCAGGCAGAGGACAGAUCUAGGCCAUCGAGUCGAGGCGCCCACCUGUUUCCUGAGAGGCUGGAGAAUUUCCAAGGGGCAGGUGGAACCGAUGGUCCAUUAAGCCCUCUCCCUAAAUCCUACACUUUGGGGCAGCCCUUAAGGAAACCAGACCUUGGAGAUCGCCAGGCAGGAUUAGUGGCAGGAACUGAGAGAACAGAGCCUCACAGAGCUCGUCGGGGACCGUCCCCCAGUCAUAAGAGUGUCUCAAGGAAACAGUCUUCACCCAUAUCCCUCAAAGAUAGCUACCAGAGGGUCAGCCCUCUGAGCCCUUCUCAGUGUCGGAAAGACAAGUGUCAAAGCUUCCCCGCUCACCCCGAGUUUGCCUUCUAUGACAACACGUCAUUUGGCCUCACUGAGGCUGAGCAGAGGAUGCUGGACCUCCCAGGAUAUUUUGGGUCAAAUGAAGAGGAUGAAACCACAAGUACACUUAGCGUAGAGAAGCUGGUAAUCUAGACUGAGAGUCUGCCUGAGCUUUAUACAGCUGGGGUCUGCUACUCACCUUCUGUAGACUUUUGUGUAACUAUUUGUGCCAUAGGACAGAAUGUGAUGAGGAAGUAGCACACACAGAGGACGACGUGUGUGUAUGCAUGUGUUUCAAGUCACAAGGAAGGAAUUAUUUAUCUUGAGCUUUUUCCUUUGUUAUUCAGUUUCUAUUGGUUUAUUACUAAUAACAAUGAUAAUAAAAUGUAAACGAGCAAA